AUGAUUCGAGCUGCAUCCCGUUUGAGUGUACGAUGCCCCGCUACUCGCUCGGUUCUUUUGAAUGCAGCCCAUGCAUCAAUUGGUUAUCGUCAUUUUGCCAGUCUGCCAGCCAAAAUCCAAGUCAAGAAUCCUGUGGUCGAGCUGGAUGGUGAUGAAAUGACCAGGAUCAUCUGGAAAUGGAUCAAAGAAAAGUUGAUUUUUCCAAAUGUCGCUGUGGAUCUCAAAUACUUUGACCUUGGAAUACAGCAUCGAGACAAGACCAUGGAUCAGGUUACUAUUGAUGCUGCUGAAGCAAUCCAAAAAUACAAUGUUGGCAUCAAAUGUGCCACAAUUACACCCGACGAGGCUCGUGUAAAAGAAUUCGGUCUCAAGCAGAUGUGGAAAAGCCCCAAUGGUACGAUUCGUAAUAUUCUUGGCGGCACGGUGUUUCGUGAGCCUGUCCUUAUUUCAAAUGUGCCUCGUAUUAUUCCAACCUGGACACAUCCCAUCAUCAUUGGCCGCCAUGCAUUUGGUGAUCAGUAUCGGUCUACCGACUUUGUAGUGGAUGAGCCUGGGAGAUUUGAUAUUGUAUUCACACCCGAUUCAAAAAAUCCACCUCGUACAUUGCAUGUAUACAAUUUCAAGUCUGCUGGAGUUGGUAUGGCCAUGUACAACAUUGAUUCGUCCAUUAAGGGCUUUGCACAAAGCUGCUUUGAAUUGGCACUAUCAAAGAAACAGCCCAUGUAUCUGUCCACCAAGAACACGAUUCUCAAAAAAUACGAUGGCCGAUUCAAGGAUAUUUUUGAAGAAAUCUAUCAGAAACAGUAUGCUGACAAGUUCAAGGCUCUAGGUAUUUGGUAUGAGCACAGAUUGAUUGACGAUAUGGUUGCACAAGCACUCAAAUCGGCCGGCGGAUUUGUAUGGGCGUGCAAAAACUAUGAUGGAGACGUGCAGUCGGACAUUGUAGCCCAAGGAUUUGGAUCGCUUGGACUUAUGACAUCUAUUCUGGUUACGCCAGAUGGAAAAACACUCGAGUCGGAGGCUGCGCACGGUACAGUUACUCGGCAUUAUCGAGAGCAUCAAAAGGGUAAAGAAACGAGCACCAACUCCAUUGCAAGUAUAUUUGCAUGGACGAGGGGCUUGGCUCACCGUGCCAAGCUGGAUAACAAUCCAGAGCUGACUGCAUUUUGCGACCUUGUCGAGCAGGCAUGCAUCAAGACUGUUGAAGGUGGAAUAAUGACCAAGGAUCUUGCAUUGGCUUUACAUGGCACCGACAUGAAGCGAUCCCACUAUGUCAAUUCUGAGGAGUAUAUGGAUGCAGUUGCCGAUUAUGUCCGUAACAACCGCAAAUAAACUACAAGCAGCUAUGUUUUAGUGUGC